AUGUUUUCUUCGCUGCAAAAGGCGGUGACGCCAUCAUCAUUUGCCACGCGGAACAACUCUUCUGCGAUGCACAGUCAACCGAUUGCGCGCCGUCCGAGUUCUACUUCGUCUUCUGUCGCUCUGCCGCCGGUGACGGCGUUCGGGGCGAUGCGCCUUUUUUCGGGUGACGACGACGACGACUGUGAUGAUGAUAAACAACGACAGAAACAACAGCGUUUACUCGUUCGAACGGAAGCGACGGCCACGAGUCAGGCCUCCACGGACGACGAGGAGGAACCGAAGAGAAAAUCUAGGUUCGUGAGAGGCCCGGAUGGGAAGUUGAUCAGACGCGACGGGACGACGACGCCGGGUGAUGGAGGGGGCGGUCGAGGACCUGGAGAUGGCGGUGGAAGAGGAGGCCGGGGAGGAGGUCGGGGAGCCGGCCGAGGGAGAGGUCGAGGUGACUUUGAAGGCGGUCGAGGCGGUGGAAGAGGAGGAGGAUUUCAAAGCAGAGACGGCCCGAGAGCUGGACCGGGUGGUGGUGGCGGCCGAUUUGCACCCUCGGGGCCAGGCGGCGGAAGAGGAGGAAGAGGGUCUGCCGCCGGUAGAGGCGCCGGUAGAGGCGCGGGUAGAGGCGCCGGUAGAGGCGCGGGUAGAGGCGCCGGAAAUAAGUUUGAUCGACGCGUGCAAGAUGGUACCGGCCGAGGUGGUCGUCCGAAAAAUGCCGCGUUCGGCGGCGCCGGGGGGACUGACCGUUUGAAGAAGGGCAGAAAAAGUAAAGCGCAGAGAGUGCAGAUGAGAAGAAUCCAAGCCGAGGAGGAGAAGGAUGUCGCCGUGGAGCUGUUAGUUGUGCCGAAAGAUGGUUUCAUGAUCGAAGAGCUCAUGGCUGAAUUGGCCACUACUCAGGCAAAUAUCAUCAAAGUUUUAUUCAUGAAGGGUAUUGCCGUGCAAAUGGGUCAAAUGCUAGACAGAGAUACUGUCGUUGCCGUUGCCGAGGAUAUGGCGGUGGAGUGGAUCGACGAAGACGAAAAAGGCGUCACGCACGAAGCGAGGAAAACCACAAAGUUCAACACGGAAGAAGAUGAAGAGUUCUUAGAACCUAGACCGGCAGUGGUGACAAUCAUGGGUCACGUCGAUCACGGGAAGACGUCGCUUUUAGAUUACAUUCGAAAGUCGAAAGUUGCCGCCGGAGAAGCCGGAGGAAUAACCCAAGGCAUCGGCGCCUAUCAAAUCACAACUCCAGUUGGAGAAGACGAAGAAGAAACGACAAUUACAUUUUUAGAUACUCCAGGUCACGAAGCGUUCUCAGCUAUGCGUGCGCGAGGCGCGAGGGUGACGGAUAUUGCCAUUAUCAUCGUCGCUGCGGACGACGGGUUGAGACCGCAAACAGAGGAAGCCGUAGCGCACGCGCAAGCGGCGGAAGUGCCAAUUAUCGUCGCCAUCAACAAAAUCGAUAAACCGGCUGCGGAUAUUGAGUUUGUGCGCGGAGAAAUGGCCAAAGUUGGUUUGACCUGUGAAGAAUGGGGUGGAGAAACAGCCAUGAUUCCAAUUUCCGCGAAGACUGGAGAAGGCAUUGAUGAUUUGUUGGAAACUAUCGCCUUACAAUCUGAAAUUUCCGAACUCUCCGCCAAUCCGAAUAAACUAGCGUUAGGUUCCGUCAUCGAAGCGCAACUGGAUAAACAGAGAGGUUCAAUUGCAACUUUGUUAGUCCAAGCUGGUACUUUGAAAGUCGGUGAUCCGAUUUCCGUCGGAGAAGUCCAUGGCAAGAUUCGCGCCAUGGAGUCCGCCACAGGAGAGAAGAUUGAAUUCGCCGGACCAUCCAUGCCAGUCAGUGUUCUGGGUUUGAAUGGUGUUCCAGUCGCCGGAGACGAGUUUGCAGUCUGCGAGUCCGAGCAAGAUGCGAGAGAAAGAGCCGAAAAAGCUACGGAAGAAGCGAGAUCUUCUCGUCUCGGAGCCGUCGCCGGUAACGUGGCGAGUUUGACGAAUAUUUCCGGUGUCGUGGAGGAUUCUCUGCAAACGAUUAACUUGAUUCUAAAAGCGGAUGUUUCCGGUUCGACCGAAGCUAUUAAAGCUGCGUUAAUGCAAUUACCUCAAGAUCGCGUGCAAUUGAGAUUUCUUUUGUCUUCUGUGGGCGAAGUGUCCGAGUCAGACGUUGAUUUAGCAGCCGCGUCUGGUGGCAUCAUCCUGGCGUUCAACACGCCAGCCUCUGAUCGCGUUGAGGACGUUGCUAAACGCGCGGGAGUCGAAAUAAGAUCGUACGAUGUUAUUUAUGGAUUGAUUGACGAAAUCCGAGACGCCAUGGAAGGUAAACUGUCCGAAGUAAAGGAUGAAGUUCCGGUUGGCAAGGCGGAAGUGAAAGCGGUCUUUGGCGGCGGUUCCUCUAAAGUUGCAGGUUCGUUAGUUCUCGAAGGUAGCAUUAAAAAAGGAACGUUCAUGCGCGUUGUUCGAGGACCGAACAGAAAAGAAAUGUACAAUGGUAAAGUUGGUUCUUUGCGUAGAUUUAAAGAUGCGGUGAAAAAAGUCGACUCUGGCGAAGAGUGCGGCAUCGGCGGCGAUCCAGAAUGGCCCGAUUUCAAGGAAGGCGACAUCAUCGAGUGCUUCGAUUUAGUCGAGAGAAAGCAAACGUUAGAAUCUGCGUCGGAAACGCUCAAAGAACAAGUCAAAGAGUAUCGCAGUAAAGAUGAGGAGAGAGCAGCGAAAGCGGCGGCGGAAUUGGAGAAGUAUCAAAGGAAACGCGGCGCGGAGACACCACCUCCCGCCGCAGCUAAAUAA